AUGUCGAAACUAUUGGCGCUGCUAACCAUUGGACUGAUGCUGCUCGCCAGCCUCGAGGCGCGUCAAAUCUCAGCGACGCAUCGCCAGCGACUGCAGCAGCAGCAGCAGCGUGGACUAGUGAACAAGCCGCUGGGCUCAGCCCACACGCGCGUCUUUCCUGGCGCCUUGGCCAUCAAGAAGCUGGUGCUGCUCAAGUUCAAGAAAAUCGUGCCCAUCUCGCUGAUUCUGCUCAAGAGCAGCAACGACAACGAGGCCGAACUGGUGCCAGUCUAUCCCACCGAUCAGUUGCCCGAGAACGUGCAGUUCAUACCCACGCCCAAUGGCAUUGCUGGCCACAAGGAUGUCCAGGCCAUUGCCAUACCCAGCGAGCUGCACGAGCAGCUCCAAAUCAGCGGCCUCUCCAAUCUGCAGCAAAUCGAAGCGCUGCUCGCAAGCAGCAGCAGCUCCGAUCAGUCAGCGCCAAUGGCUGAGCAGGCGGCGCAGUCUGAGCCAAAACCAGAGGAUGCGCUGCUACAGCAGCCGGAGAACGAUGACUCACAGCUGCUGGAGGGCGUGGCUGCGCCUAUGGCAAGCACGCGGCGUCUCAAUCCCAACGGCAGCGGCAACUUGCGCCACGCGUCGCUGCCUCAAGCUCAAACGAGCGUCGAGGAAAUUCCGCUGCUGCUCUAUGCGGCCACAGACGGCGGCAGCGGCGCAGCGCAGGGGCGUCGCUUUGUCGCCGCGACACACGCGCGUCGUCGCCAACUGCCCCAUGGCCAGCAACGCUUUUAUUAUUAA